AUGCCAAAGGCAGCUUCAAAGGAGACUUAUCCCAGCGGCCAGGUGUCAGACCUGGUGAAGGAGAUGAAGCUGUCCGCGGAGCAGAGCCUCGCCGUGGAGGAGGCGCUGGAGGCGCUGCAGGGCGGCAAGGAGGCGAUUGACUUCCCGACCUUUCUGCGGCUUCUUGGCUGUGCAGCGCAGAAGGCCGACCUGAAGCGUUCCUCCCAGGACUCCGGGCGCUCGAGUCGCCCCGGCUCCGCAGGCGCGGCUUCGGCCGGCUUCGCGUCUCGUCGAAAGCAGCUGGGAACUGGUUGUGACUCCUUCGCUCCAAGUGCUUUCAUACCAAUGGCCUUCCUGGCGAAGCUCUGCGGGGUGGCGCUGCUGCGCCAGCUGUUGGCGGCCUCGGUGGAGGAAGUUGGCCUGGCGGUGGACGACGACUGCCGCGAUUCGCAGACCUGUGCUCUGAACGCGCUGCAGCUGUCCCGGAAGAGGUGCGACUUCGACUUCGAGGCGGAGGUCCAGCAGCCCAUGGUGAAGAUGACCGACGAGAUCGAGGCGCUGAACAACCGCCUGGUGGUGCUGGUGGCCAAGGCUUUGCGGACCUCCUUCAAGGACGACUUCUCCAAGCUGGUGGGUGCCACCUCAGAGGCGGUGGGGGUCAUCGAGCGCAUCACGCCCAAGUUCAUGCUGCUGGUGAACAAGACCAGCGCCGUGCUGAAGGACCCCAGCAUCAAGAACUUCGGCAGCGCCGCGGAGAAGGAGCAAAACGCCCUGCUGACGAUGCAGGGCUUUGCCAUCGGCCACGCCGGAGAGGUCAUGACCAACAUCGCGAACAUGCGGGAGCUGCACCAGGAGAACUCCUCCUUCGCCACGGACGUGAACGAAGUGGCGCAGCUGGCCCGGGAGUGGCUGCAGGGGGUGCUGAAGACCUCCUGGUCCGGCGCCACGGAGCAGCUGCCACGCAUCAACGCGCUGGUGAAGGACGAGUACACGAACACUUCGCAGAUGGUUACCGAGGCAGCCUGCGCGGCGAACACGGCCAGCUCCAUCGCCCAGCUCACCUCUUUGUAUGCGGACAUCGUGUCGGCGGGGGCGGACUGCAACGCCACCAACAAGACCAUGUUCAACUUGGAAGACUGCGAGUCUAGCGCGCUCACCGUGCAGUCAGGCAUCGCCCAGGUGAUCUCGGCCUCUGCCAAGAUGAUGUCCAACUGCUACCAGAGCUCCUGGGUCUGCGCCGACGAGUCCAGCGCUGCCGGCUACAAGCUGCUCAAGGCCUACAUCUCCACCAUCGUGGUGAAGGACUCCUGCCGCUCCAGCGAUCCCAUCGCGCUGGCGGUCUGCGAGAGCGAGUCCUUCAAGCUGGUCUCCACCCUGGGCGUGGCGGCCGGGCACAUGCGCAAGGCCACUCGGAUGUGCGGGUCCAGCUGCGGCAGCAAGGCCCCCCUCUGA